AUGUGGGCCGCCAAUGUUAAGGGAGUUUCUCAAAGUGUUGAGAGUGAGCGAACGGAUGUUGCGACAUAUGAGAUCCAGGGUGCAAUGGCUCAUAAAUCUCAUAAGGACCCUAACGAGACGCAGAAUGUCAUUACCCUGACAUUCUAUAGUGCCAAAGGAACAAGAAUCGGUAGUGCACACGCUCGGGAAGAUGGGACCUAUUCAUUCCGUCCAAGCCGUGCUGGGCACUAA